AUGGAGUCUACGAAUAUUGAUACACUGCAAGCUUUGCAGAUGGCGGAUUUGGGAACGGCCCGACGCGAGUACAUUUCCACCACUGACGACUCAAAGCAUCAAAGACAAGCUCGGAUCGAGGACAUCGAGGCUUCGAGGUUGUCAAAUGUUUGUGGAACCGUUGCGGCCAAUUUAGCGGCCCAGAACAAAGACCAGUUGAAUGCCUGGUCAAAUCUGCACAAGACAGUCUCAGAUACAGGGAAGCUUGAGGAUUUAAAUGACUUGAUGCAUGGACAGUCUCAUCGCCUUCGCCUCACGGCUACUCUGCACGGUGGUGAUGGUAUACAUCAUCCUUCUGGGAAGCGCGGUGGUGGACGAGGCCACCACCCGUAUCCACAUCAGUCACUCGGCAUUUGGGGGAGUGUAAAAGUCGCCACACAGCAGUCGAACGUUAGUCCCAAGGGUAAGGAGGAUUUUUCAAGAAAGAUUACGGCACCAGAGAUCUUUUUGGCAAAUGCUCGAGCUUCGUUUGGCCCGUCACCAACCUCUUCGGAGUCCCCAUCAAGCCCUCCUCCAAGGGCUUGCUCGACGGCGGUCACCCUGCAAACACGGCGCCCAGGGGUCACGUUCCGACCUGAGAUAAAAAUACCCAUUUCAAGUCCAGCAGACAUGAAGCCUAUUAAAUCCACCAGCACCUCCCUUGCGGAUUCAAUAUAUGCGGAUGCCACAAAGUCUUCGGCUCGUAUUGUUCCCAUUGAGAAGACUGCUGUCUUCACAAAACGCACGAAACUGGCACACCUCAAGUCAGAAGGAAAGAGCAGUAUCAAGCUUCAUUCCACAACCCCAGUGCCAAUAACAUCUGAGCUUGCAGCCUCCAUGCCUGAGAAGAAUAAGGCUGAGCCAGAAGCCUUGGUGACUCUCCCAGAACCAUCAGCACCAGUAACUCCUAUGAAGCCUCAGUCGAGUGAUGUUCUCCUCCUCAUCGAUGUGUCAGAUGAAGAUUUCAAGCAGAAUGAAGAAAUAUCAUUCAGCCCUGGUAUCGCAGAAUUGGCCGGAAUCAGCUUCGAGGCCACUAACCCGCACCCUAGUCCUACAUGCCUAGAAACUACCCAAACAUUGCUGCCUCGAAUGGAAGCUCGCUCCGGAAAUUUUGAUAAGUACCGCUCACCGACACGCAUUGUGUCUGAUAGCGAAUCUUCUGAAAAGUCAGGGGCAAUGGACCCUGGGCUUCUUUCUCCAAAAAAGCCCGGUGAGAACCAAUCCGUGUCUAUCGAAGUUUUCAAGUCUCUGAGUGUGUCAGAGUCCUCUUUAGAGGAGCCGCCCUUGUCAAAGAAGAAGUCACGAGUUGUUUCGGAAGGCCUUGAAAAGAGUAAAUGGAGCAUCCCACAAGAACAGGAGCCCCCGUCUCGUCAACCAAACGUCACUUCCUCCAAAGUUAGGCUUAUUGGUCCUGCUCCACCUGUUCCUCGGCGUCAUUGA